UAAAUGUCGAGGAAGAACGCUUUUGCGUGAAGCGGCGGGCGAUGCUGCGCUGAGAAAGAGGAGCCGAGAUCGAUCAUCCAUGGCGUUCUUGAGCAUCGGCCACUUGCAGCGCUCGCCCAGGCCCUUGCUCACGCUGCUCAAUCGCUUCCUCCACGAGCUCCAUGGCGCGGUCUCCUCCACGGCGCGCAUUGAGGACAUUCCAGUCGGCACUGCGCCGCUGGACGCCUACCAUCAGCUCGUCAAGGCUGGGACGAUUCGACACGACAAUGGCCAGCUUGCAGCUCUCCAGCCUCUGGAGCGCUUGCAUCGAGAGCUCCAAGGCUACGAGCCGGCGACCUCAGCUAAUCUCACCUCCAAGUUCUUCAGUGCUUUUCGGCUCAAACCAUCUCAAGAAGCGCCCAAAGGGGUGUAUAUCUAUGGAGGAGUCGGCACUGGAAAAUCUCUCGUUCAAGAUAUCUUCUUUCACUGUAGUCCUGUGAGAAGUAAGAGACGAGUUCACUUUCACCAGUUCAUGCUCGACGUCCACAAGAGAUUGCAUGAGAAGCGCUUGCAAGGACAAGGGAAAUCAGGCGACUUGAUCGAAUUAGUAGCUCGGGACUUGUUGGCGGCUGGUUGGCUGCUUUGCUUUGACGAGUUUCAAGUCAUAGAUAUCGCUGACGCUAUGAUACUGAGAAGGCUCUUGGAGAACCUUUUUCGAUCAGGGGCAGUGAUGGUAGCAUCCUCGAAUCGUGCACCUUCUGAACUCUACAAAAAUGGUUUGCAAAGAGACCUCUUUCUACCUUGCAUAGAGCUUAUUAAGAGCCGCUGCGAGGUCCAUGUUUUUCGUCCUAACUCUCCAGACUAUCGUCUAAUAGGUGCACGUCCCGAUGGCUCCAGUUCACUGUCUGUCGUAUGGCACAUGCCUUUGAACGAAGAGACCUCUAAAGCCCUGGAGCGCUCUUUUCUCGAGCUUGCAGGUGAUAGACCGAUUUUUACAACUGUUUUGAAGGAGAGUAACAGGGCCAUCUUUGUACCAAGGGCCGCUGGUGGAAUUGCAUACUUCACCUUCUAUGAACUUUGUGGAACUUUCAAAGGAGCAGCCGACUACAUCGCCAUAGCUGCGUCCUUCCAUACCGUGUUUAUCGCCGGCAUUCCUAGAAUGACACGCUCUCAUGCUGAAAUGGCAAGGAGAUUCAUCACGCUUGUUGAUGUAUUUUACGAGCAUAAAGUUAAACUAAUCGUUAGCGCGGACGCACAGCCUGGAGAUCUAUACCUCCCAAGACUAGAGGACGACCAGCCAGUUGCUGGAGUCGUGAAGCCGAGAGAAGAAAAGGGCGGAACGACCGCAUACGAAGAAAAAGACGAGGAAUUUGCGUUUGCCAGGACCGUGUCGCGCCUCAACCACAUGCAGUCCGUGGAUUAUCUGUCCGCGUCUUGGGCAGCACCAGGCAAAGCAUUUAUAUGUCAUUUGCAGAGCACUAAAUUGCAAGAGGGUGACUUGCGAAGGAUCUGGGACCGCUACAACAUAAACAAAGACACCAAGCUCAGCCGCGACGAGUUGCUUCUGAUGAUGGAGGAUCUCACAGACAUCAAGUGCGGCCAUCGAAACGUCCCCGAGGAACUCUUGGAAGACAUGUAUAAGAAGCUCGACGCCAACGGCGACGGGGACGUGGUGUGGGAAGAAUUCCGGAAUUACUUCCUCGAGUACGGCCUUGAGACUGAGUGCGUGUGAUUUAUCGUUUUUGGUCCGUUGGAUUAAACACGAUCCAGCGGUUGAGAGUUUAUGUUCUGGUCCGUCGGAUUUUAAUACGAUCUAGCGGUUGAGAUUGGUAGUAA